AUGCCCUCGUUCCUGUCCAAGGUUUUCGGACGUAAAAAGGACGACAAGGACAGUUCACCACGUUCCCCAGGUCAGGUCGAUCUUCUAGGUGGAAAAUUUGAGGCGGUAUCCCCCACAGUCUCGCCCAGUGCUCUCGACUUUCCAGAUUACUCUGGCAAGACUAACGGACAUGGGAAGGAGAAGGCAGACUCUCCCUUUGGGCUUUUUAAAGUCAAAUCGCGUCCCUCCUCUCCAGAAACGAAACAUAAGAAGCUUGACGAUCUCCCUCAUCUUUCCCUGAACCUCACGGUGGCAAAGCAGGAUACAUCUUCCCGCAUAUUUAGGGCGGAAUCACUAGGUUUAUUAACGGACGCGGUUAUUGGUGAGAGGCGGUUGACCCCAGUAGAAGCCCUUGUGUUGGUGAAAGCAUGCUCGCAUGCCAUCACUCUCCAUGGUCUCGAAACCCUUGGCAUCAUGCACCCUCACUGGUACUCUGCAUCUCCCGAUGUUCAACGCAGGCUAAUCUCGUUGUUCAUCCUCUCUUUAUCCUCGCACUCCCCCUCCCCCUCUCCAUUUGCAUCUGAAGUUAAUUCUACGCGGUCCUCUCACGACGUUGCAGCCGUCCUUCGAUGGGGGCUUCGCCACCUCAAGUUGGAGGGGAAUACUUUCGGAACCGAUGAAGGCUGGUACAAGUCGUUUUUUGACGAGGAGCGUGCGGCGGACUAUCCAAUCAGCGCCUUUACAGACAAAUUGGUUCCUAAACUUCCUAAAGCCCACCUUGAGCUGCUGACUGCCACUCUCGAAGUUCUAUCUUCCCUGGCUGCACAUGCCGAGGCGAAUGGCACAUCUGGUAGCAAGCUCUCAAAGUUGUUUGGGCUUUGGCUCCUAACUGCACAACGGGUGGAAGGGAAUGAUGAUUGGCUGACCUUCUACGAACGCUGGGAACGUACUGGUCGCAUGCUUGAACAUCUAUUCUUUGCUCGCAUCAGAGAUGAAUCUGUUGAUCAACGCAUGCCCAUUCGUCUGCUCGAACUCAUUCGUCAGUAUCCCUACACAAAGGGUUUGUCAUCCCCGACUACGGAUCUCCAACUAUUACCACGACCGCGAUUUACCACGCGGCUUUACGACGCACUCUUUGUCCGAAUCGAGACUGAGCUUCCCAGCGAGAAGUUCAGGCCCCAAUCUAGGAUUCACCCCUUGCAACUCGUCGCCGAUGCCUUUUCCAUUACAGUUGACGAAGGGGAGUACAUAGGCCUAUGGGAGAAGAUUAUUACAGCUUCCAAGAAUGGGAGCAAUCCCUCGCCUCUGAGCACUGUUUUGGCUGACGAGACUAUCCGCUUCCUUUCCCUUGUACCCAGGACGGAUCUCAAGGCGGAGAAGGAAUUCAACUCUCCAACGAUCAGCCUCAUCUCGCCUUCCUCCUCAACAAGAAGGCGCUCUUUCUUAUUUGACGAUCAAGGGAAAUCGCCCGUUGCCAAUGGAAAUCCUACUAACGGCCAUGCGAAGCCCAUUACGGAUCCAUCCCCUCUCUCCCCGGCCAGCAGCACCGAUUGGUUCCAGUUCUCUUCUUCUGGAUUCGUUGAUGUCAGCCCAAGAAGUCCGCUCGCUUCCACCCUCUUUGACCAGGAUGUCGAGAAGACAACCCCAGCACCCUCCGCUCCCCCGUCCAGGAAACCCAGUAACAAACGAACCAGAGCGACACCGGUCUCGCCUGCAAGUCCUGGGAGGAAGAGUUUGGAUGUCCCACGGUCCUCAAUCACAGAGUCCCCUGAGUCCCCUCCUGCAGUGCCCAAAGAAGUACGGAUAGAAGAGCCCCCUAAGCUUUUGUCUAAAGCUGCUUUGGUAAAGUUGGUCCAAGUUGACGAGGCGUUCGUCGAUUUCUGGAGCGACGCCCUUCUCGAUCCAAUCUCAGCUACAUGGCCUGCUUUCGUGAUUUGCAAGCUCAAGCAGUCUCUCGUCCCUGAGCUGAUCUAUGGCACUGAGGAGAAGAAGACUCUACAAUGGCUGGUGCUCGAACAAGCAUAUCAACUCAAGCCACCCCCCAUCCCUGUCUCCCCUUCCGCUGACGAACCAGUCCAAAGGAGAUCCGCCUCUCCCACGCAAUCCGUCAACGGGAAGAGACGAUUCAGCUUCUGGUCCACCUCUCGAACUUCAACCUCGUCCAUCAGCUCACUCAAGAACAGGAGUAAGCAGCAGGAUAAAGGCCCGAAGGUUGGCGAGAUGGGCGAGGUCCUCGAGGAAGAAGAUCCAAAGGAGAAACAGAAGCGGGAGUCGACGGUUCGGGUCAGGGUUCCAUCACCUAAGCCGAAAAAGUCGGUCGACAUUGCGAGGAAACCGGUCCCUCCAAUUGGGGAUGUCGUUGCUUCCACGAAGGAGGCACAGGUGCCAAAGGAGGCCAAGGAUAAUGGAGAGGGCAAUGUGAGGAUCGUCGCUCCUGUUGCUGUUGCCGCUGUAGCAGCAGGCGUUUUGGGUGUUGCUGCCGGUUCCCUCGAGGCUGCACAGACGAAAGAGACAGGGGACUCUGCCGAAGUAGCUCACGUUGAGGAAGCUUCAGCUGACGACGUCCCUGCUGUUGAAGUCAUUGGGCCCGCCUUAACUAACGCACAAACUGACGUCGUCGAAACCAAUGGCGAUGUUGUAUCAUCAGAAGCUGAGCAAACCCCAGCCAACGAUGAAUCCUCACCUUCGGCUGCCCCGAUCGUUGCCGCACCUGUUGACAACGCUAAUCCUGUUGAAGAGGUCGUUGAGGAAUCUAAGACUGAUCUAGUAGCUCCAGUUGUUCAAGAACCUGCUUCGUCUGAGGAAGUUGCACAACCUACUGUUGCGCUUGAAGAAACUUCGACACCUCUGGAGGAAGCAGCCGCUGUGGAGGAGACAUCUGUUGUGGAGGAGACAUCUGUUGUGGAACAAGUUUCUACCUUAGAGGCGGCUGCAACUGAGGAGGCUCCCAUCGUGGAAGAAGCACCUAUUGUCGAGGAGACUCCCAUUGUCGAGAAAGCACCUCUUGUGGAGGAAGCUCCCGUCGUCGAGGAAGCUCUCAUUGCACAGGAAGCUCCGGUUGUGGAGGAAGCCCUUGUUGUGGAUGAAGCACUUGCCGUGGAGGAAGAACCCGCUGUGGAGGAAGUCCUCGUUGCAGAGGAAGUUCCUGUUGUGUCGGAAGCACCUGUGGAAGAAGCAGCUGUUGUGGAAGAGGCAGCUGUUGUGGAGAAAGUUUCCAUUAUCGAGGAAGCUCCCGUGGUGGAGGAAACUCCUAUUGUGGAGGCGCCAGCUGUCGAGGCUCCUGCCAUUGAAGAGGCGACUGCGGCUGAGGAAGAUGUUAUUGAGGUUUCUCUUGCCGAAGAGGCACCUGCCGCCACGAAAGAACCUUCUAUUGACUCCCUCCCGGUUGUUGAAGAGGUGGUAGAGGAGAAAGCGGUUGAAGCUCGUUCCGCCGAAGAUGUCCCCGUCGUUCAGGCGGAACCUGUUGUUACGGAUACCCCAGCUGCAGAAGAAACCUCAGUCGUGGAACUACCAUCGGCUGACGUUGACGGAACUCCAGUUAUUCCAUCAGCGCCAGCCAAAGACUCAGCUGAUGUCCAGGAGGCGGUCACUGCUGAAGAGCAAGCUACCAUUGAAGAGCCGACUGCAGUUGAGACACCUGCCGUCGAAGAGACCAUUGUUGUGGAAGCAUCCCCCGUUAUUGAGAGUGAUGCUGUUCUGGAGGAACCAGCUGUCGUUGAGGAAUCUGCUGCCGUUGAGGAACCAGUGGUGGUUGAGAAACCAGCCAUUGCCGAGAAGUCGAUCAUUGCCGAGGAAUCGUCUACUGCUGAGCCAACACUCGUUGAAGAACCAGCCGUUUUUAAGGCGGCCACCAUUGAGGAACCAACCAUCACUAGCGAACCAGCCGUUGUCGAGGAACCGGCUGUUGAGGAACCAGCCGCCGUUGAGGAGCCAACAGUCGAGCAACAGGCCAUCGCUGGUGAACCAGCAGUUGUCGAGGAAUCAACAACCGAGGAAUCAGUCCUUCCUCAGGAGAAAUCGGCCGCUAUUGACCAGCCAGUUGAAGCACCAACACCCCCAGAUGCAGAACCAACAGUACCCCUCGAGGCAGGAGAAGAAACGCCCAUUGAGACUUUUGCACCGGCUGAGACUUCAGCACCUGCCGAAGAACCAUUACUCGUUGAGGAGACAGUUGUUGUGGAGGAUGCAACCCCCAUCGAGGAACCAGUCCCCGUCCAGGAAGAAGCCGUAGAGGAUCCUGCCUGCAUGGAGGUACAAGCUGUAGUGGAUGAACAAACACCCCACGUUGAGGACGCAGCUAUUGCCGCUGUGCCAACAUUGGAGGAAGAAUCCCCAGUCAAUGAAACGCCCGCUUCGGAAGCGACUGUCGUCGUGGAGGAAACCCUUGUCGCUGAUGCACCACCCGUCGCUGACGGAACCUCUGUUGAUGAUGCGCCAGUGGAAGAGGAAUCAACAAUUGAGGAGCCCGCUGUCAUUGACGCACCAGUUAUCGAGGAAGUGCCUGUUGUUUCGGAAGUGCCCAUUUUGAACGUUGAGGAAGCAGUCCCCGCCAACGACCUGAGUGAUAAAGACAUUUCCGAACCGCUUCCAGAACCUGCUGCUGAGGAAACCUCGGUUUCUGAUGAGGUCACCGCUGAACCCACCAAAGAAACCAUCGCAGCCGAAGAGCCUCUUGCGGAUGUCUCCGACGUAUCUGAUGCUGUUGCGACUGAUGUUCCUCACGCCCAAGACGAAGAGGGAGUACACGAAAUUGCCGAGCCCAUUUUAGCACCAGUUGUCGAGGUUGAGGCGCAGGCCACAGACUCCGUGGUCGAGGAUUUACCAACAGAACAGUCUGAGGAUCUGACAGUGAAGGCUGAAGAGACACCGGCCGCUCCUGAGAUCGUCGAUCUUUUGGAGUCAACACUUGGACCUGAGGUUGCGAUAAAUGAACCUGUAGCUUUGGAUUCCGUCGUUGAGGAUAGGCCCACGGUUGAGGAUGUGGCAGCCGACGAUACAGUCACAGCCGGUAACGGCCAUCCUGCGAAUGGAAAUGGCCAUCAUGUUGCAGACGAUGUGGAUGUAAAGGUGUCUGUUGAAGAAUCUUGGAUUCCAUCGCUGAUUCGUGACAAACAGAGCCAGUUGUUGACCCUCCCGCGGACGCGCCCUCCUCCGAUGAUGCUUAAUGAUCCUGAUACAACCAUGGUGUUGUCUACACUCCUGACCUACGUUCCUUUUUAUCUCACAGGUCAUCAAUGUCAACUUCCUCCCAGUCUCUAA